AUGGCAGAGGACGGGCCGAAGCAGGCACAGCUCAGCAUGCCGCUGGUCCUGGACGAGGACCUGACCAAGCAGAUGCGGCUGCGUGUGGAGACCCUGAAGCAGCGAGGGGAGAAGCGCCAGGAUGGUGAGAAGCUGCUGCGGCCGGCCGAGUCCGUGUACCGCCUCGACUUCAUCCAGCAGCAGAAGCUGCAGUUUGAGCGCUGGGACGUCGUGCUGGACAAGCCAGGCAAGGUCACCAUCACAGGCACCUCCCAGAACUGGACACCUGACCUCACCAACCUCAUGACACGCCAGCUGCUGGACCCCGCCGCCAUCUUCUGGCGCAAGGAGGACUCGGAUGCCAUGGAUUGGAACGAGGCCGACGCCCUGGAGUUCGGGGAGCGCCUGUCGGAGCUGGCGAAGAUCCGCAAGGUCAUGUACUUCCUGAUCACCUUCAACGAGGGCGUGGAGCCCGCCAACCUCAAGGCCUCUGUGGUCUUUAACCAGCUCUGA